CUGUGUGCAUAAUUGAUUACACGAAAUGACUAAGAACCAUAACUCAUCGAUAGAAAAAAGAUCAACAAACAUCAGAUAGGUUCAGUAAAGAAGGGCUAUGUAAAUGGCUGAGGCGUCUGCCCAAGCAGCCAGUCCUUCGGUUGUUUUAACAGCUGAAACUCAAGAGACUCGGGCCAGUCCAAGACUACACUUGAAGCUAAGAAAGCCUAAGAAUGAUAAGAAAGUCAAGUGGACUACAGAAACUGUAGAUAAUGAACAUCUAAAUAAGAAAAAGUCCAAAUGUUGUUGCGUCUACGAGAAACCAAAAAUGUUUGGAGAGUCAUCAGAUGAAGAUGAUGAUGACUUCACAUGUAAUUGUCAUGGACAUAAAGACAAAUGCUUCAAACAUGAUCAUGAUCAAGGAUCAGGACCAAAUGACCAACCUGGACCGAGCAGUUAAUGACUUCAAAAUGUAGUAUUGUUACUUGUUUUUAUUGUAAAUCAGAUUUUUAAUGUACAGCUGGUUGGGCUUUAUUGCAUUAUAUGUAUUUUCUUAACAAAAUUUCUCAUUUUAUAUUUUUCCUUUUUUUUUUCUUUUCAUGAAAUAAGCUUUUAUAACACAACCUGAUUAAAAUUUGAUCUUUCACUAUGAUCUGAUUUGUAUGUCGCCCUGUGUAAGAUCUGAAAACAUCAUGUAAAGGGGCUACGGUCCAAUUUGUUUGUCGCCCUGUGUAAGAUCUUCAUGUAAGGGGCUAUGGUCAGUAACCUUUUAACAUCCAAUGAAUUAUUUUCCCACAAAGGUUUUAAUAUAUUUUUUAUUAUGGACUACCACAUCUAUUAUCUGAUAAACUCUUAAGUGUUUUCCUAAAAUUAUAUCUUUUAACCAUUCAAUUCCUGAGAUAGUUCUGAUUUUUUAAUGCAACAAUCUAAUUGGAAACAUUUCUCAACAUAGCAAAACAGUAAAUUGCUGUAUACAUUUUGUUUUAAUAUAAUAAAUUGCAAGUCAAUAAACAUUUAAUCAAUAUAACUCGAAAAAAUUUUGAUUCAAUUGUGUCCAUCUUGUUUACAGGGAAAAUUUUGAAAUCAAAGUGCCAGCAUGUCACUCAAAUUGAUUGGUUGAAGAACAAUUUGCAUGAAAGGUCAUCUAAACAUGUCUCCUUUUUGGAUGUUUUCAGAUCUUAAACAUAGGUGAAAAAUAUCUUACAGAACAUAUUGAGAGAUCAGAUUUUAAUCAGAUUGUUUACAACAUAUCAAGAAACAAUUUACUUAUUUGAUUGGAAACUGUUAUUGUCAUUAGCUUAUUUGACAAAUAUUGGCUGAUUGUGUUAGGCCAAAAUAAAGUAGCUGUUUUGCCAGUAACUAAACUGAC